GGCAGCCUGUACUCUCACCCGGACAACGGCGGCAGCAAAGCAGAUCUCGGAGUUAUAGAUGUUAUCAAACUCUGAAGUCAAUCUUACAAUAAUGGUUUUGACGCGAGAAUCCAUCCUGUCCCUGCUGAUCGCGGAGGGGGGCAAAAUAAAGAAAUCCGACUUGGUGGACAAAUUCAAAGCGUCGAUCGACUGCGACGAUCCCGCGGAGAAAGAACGGAACAAGGAGCUUUUUAAGACUUGUGUCAACAAAGUCGCCUCCGUGAAAGAAAUCCACGGUGUCCGCUACGUGGUCGUCAGGAAAAUAUAUCACCAUUUGCUGGACGGCGCCCAGACUGCGGAGAGCCGAGAGGAAGAGCCGGACAGGAAGGAGGAGACAGGUGAGCAGCGGAGUGAGGAGACCCGAGGCUCCGGUGAUGCAGCCGGGCAGAGAUCAGCUGUUUCUGAGCCUGACCGAGAGCAGGCAGGUGAAAGUGGAGAAAACGCCACGGAUUUACUCACUCCUAUCGAGCUGGCGUUGCAAAAGUGCAAAUAUAAGUCUGGUAAAGUGAAACGGAUGAUGAGUUUUGAGAUCCAAAGGCAGGAGGAGGCGCACGGCGAUAACGGUGCGAGGAGGGUUGCGUUAAAUCAGCCCACAGUCGCAAAGAGCAAACCGUAUGGCUUACCUCUGAGGGGGCCACCCAGCGCCACCCUGGUGGAGUUCCGCAAACUGAAAGUGGACCCGGAUGAGCCGCCUGGAAGCCCCAAACUGGACUCCUUCGGGAGCAAGAGACGACCCUCUUCAGUGGAGACCAGCGCCGCUGGCUCGCCCCAACUGAGGAGGCCAGCGAAGAGCAACAAGGAGCCGGAGGAGCCCAACGAGACACGGGUCUCCUCCUUGUUUCCCCUGGAGCAAUCGGAGCACGAGUGGCUGGUCAAGUGCGCCGCCGGCCUCUGGAGCCAAGUUUACGGCCUGCUACUGAGGGACAACCAGCUGGCAGAGAAGAGGGACUUCAUGUCGGGGUUCACCGCUCUGCACUGGGCAGCCAAAUGUGGAAACAGUGAAAUGCUCGUGAAGAUUAUCGACCUAUCCAGGCAAGGAGGGGUCGGCGUUGACAUCAAUGCCAAGACCCACGGCGGGUACACUCCUUUGCACAUUGCGGCCUUGCACGACCAAGAGUUCAUCAUGGCCAUGCUGGUGAGGGAGUUCAGGGCCGAUCCGAGCAUCAGGGACAACUGCGGGAAGAGGGCCUACCACUAUCUGCACAAGGGCAUUUCUGCGGUGGUGAGGGAGAUGCUGGCCAAACCCAAAGACCAGGAGCCUCAAGACCGGGCCCAGCAUGACAAAGAGGAGCUGGACCUGUUCCCGGAUCUCCCCAAGGGCCUGCAUUCAAUAGGCCGUCUCUUCCAGCCCCACGUGAUGGGCCACAAGAAGAAGCACAAGCAGAGGCCCAUGAUUUACUCCAUGACCGAUGAACCCAGCGAGGACCUAGAAAACAGUAGCUUCAGACAGAGAGCCAUGUCAGAUGCUUUCAUGUGAACUCAGGAGGACUUUCUUGUCUCACAUCCGUGAGGAAUGUGCACCAGCCAUCAUCACAGGUGUCGACUCACAUUCCUCCGAUUUGCAGGCCUUCUUCAACAGCGACAAAAAAACUCUCAAAUAAAUCAGUGACUUCUUACUUGUUCUACGCUUGACAUUUGUCAUGACAUGCAAUUCUCAUCAGCAAGGUUGAGUGAGACAGCUUUGGUGUGAGAUAUCACCUGUAGGAGGAGUUGCAGAGUUUACAGGUGUGAAAUAAAACGUGAUUCAGAGAAUAUUCCAGUGGGCCAUGUGAGUCGUCUCAUUACUCACCGUCUGUGGUCUCUGAAAGGCCUCAUCUUCAGUCUACGGUUUAACCAUUUAACAGACAUACUGUUUCUUUUAUGUUUACUUACUGAUUGUCACAAAUUCCUUUUUUUUCCGCAUGACUUGAUAUGAAAACGUAUGUUCUCUAUUUUUUAUUAAAAAAUGAAUCGAUACUAACUGGACAUCGAUCUGUGACGGAGGCAUUCUGUUUCUGGAGUAGCAGGAACACAAAUCCAGACUGGACUUGUGUGUUUCAAUAUCUGAGCAAUUGCGAUGAAAGUGGUUGUCCUUCACGAU